AUGUUUGAAGCUACACAGCAGAGUGAAAAUAUUUACGUUGUAUUAAGUACCAUAACAUUUUUGCCUAUCCUUGCGUUCUUGUCUACUAUAGCUUUCUGUAUGUGUGAGCCUUCCCCAACGCCAAUUGGAAUACUGGUAGCUGUACCCUCCCUGUCAUCAGUAACACUCUGCACGGACAUAUACAUGACUAUUAUUAGAGACCAGGGACCUCGUGAUCCUAGCCUUCUUCACCUACAGGCCACUCAUAGGUCUCGUUCUGUCUGGAGAACUGGUGCUGCGCCCUUGCAGUAUUUCAGGCGUCGUGACGCCAACCAAUCUGAUUUGAACAUUGAUGUUCGAUUGAUCCCCAUUCUGCAGGCAGCCGGUUUUUAUGGGGUAGCUCGGGUAUCCACUCUUCAGCUUGAUUGGAGUUUGCUUGGUGCUCUGGUAGAGAGAUGGCGACCAGAGACACAUUCAUUCCACCUGUCGAUGGGAGAGUGUACUAUUACACUGCAGGAUGUUGGUGUCUUGCUCGGGUUACCCAUUGACGGAGAGCCCGUGAUGUGUCUUGUAGGCCCUCCACCUGGACAGAGCUGGGCGACCAUCAUUGGUGAGAUAUUUGGACAGAUUCCUUCACCCGAGGCUUUCAAUAACUCGAGGCUACGGCUCACAUGGGUAGAGAAUCUCACUCCAGCAAGAUUACAUGAUGAUGCAGGGAUUGAGGAGAUCAAGCUUCACGCCAAGUGUUACUUGCUACAGUUGUUUGGGGGGUCACUGUUCACCGACCAUUCUGGUGGACUUAUACACUCCUCGUGGGUUCAUUUUGUUCGUGACCUGGAGGCCCUCGGAGGUUAUGCAUGGGGUCUAGCUGUUCUAGCCCGUCUAUACAGGGAGCUUUGA